AUGUCCGUGUGGAAUCCCGAUAAUAUCCGCGACGUGGCCGAGUCUGUCGGCAUCGUCAACCUCAACAAUGAUGUAACCGAGAACCUCGCCCGCGACGUGGAAUAUCGUAUCGCUCAGGUGCUUGAAGAAGCCCUCAAGUUCAUGCGCCACAGCCGGCGCACUCUCCUCACUACACAGGACAUAGCGCAGGCUCUGCGUGUGCUCGACGUGGAGCCGCUAUAUGGAUAUGAGUCUACAAGGCCGCUGCGGUUCGGGGAGGCGUCGUUGGGACCAGGGCAGCCGUUAUUCUACGUGGAGGAUGAGGAGGUGGAUUUUGAGAAGUUGAUCAAUGCACCGUUGCCGAAGGUUCCCAGGGAGAUCUCUUUUACUGCACACUGGCUGGCCGUUGAAGGUGUACAGCCGUCGAUCCCUCAGAAUCCUACCUCAGCGGACUCGAGAAACCUUGAAUUAAUGUCCAAGGGCCCUAAUGCAAACUCUACAUUGGCAGCAAUGAGUGGUAGUGGGAAUGUUGCCGUGAAGCCUCUGGUCAAGCAUGUGCUAUCCAAGGAACUACAAUUAUACUUCGAAAAGGUCUGCAACGCCUUCCUGGACGAGUCUAGCGAGGAGUACAGAACGUCGGCCUAUUCGAGCUUGAGGGAAGACCCAGGCCUCCACCAGCUAGUGCCGUACUUUGUACAAUUUAUCUCUGAAAAGGUCACGCAUGGCCUGAAAGACAUCUUCGUCCUGGCCCAGGUGAUGCGCAUGGCGGAGGCUCUGGUGCAGAACAAAUCACUCUACGUAGAUCCUUAUGUUGCAUCUCUUGUUCCUCCUAUCCUGACCGGUCUGAUUGGUCGACAGCUUGGAGGCAAUGCAGACCUGUCCGAACAGUUCGCGCUCCGUGAGCUGGCCGCAUCUCUUCUGGGCCUCAUUGCCAAAAAAUACUCACACUCCUCACACACGCUCAAGCCACGGUUAGCUCGGUCGUGCCUGAAAACAUUCCUGGACCCGUCGAAGCCGUUCGGGGCGCACUACGGAGCCAUUAUUGGUCUCCAGGCUGUUGGGGGAGCGGAGGCCGUGCGGGUCCUGAUCCUGCCUAACUUACCGACCUACGGAGCGCUACUGAAAGACGGUAUGGCGGAAGAGAAUCCGCGACGGCCCGAAGCAGAGAAAGUGCUCGCCGUCUUAUUUGGGGUCCUCGGCACUUUGCGUGAGGGACGGACGGCACUUGCCAAUGGGCACAAUGGCGUCGUUACAGAGGAUUUACGCGAGCGCCUGAAUGGUAAAGUGGGAGAAUUUCUCGCAGCCAAGAUCAGCGAAGCGGGGGAGGUUGAUAUGGUGCAUGCGAUCCUAGAAGUGCAGAUAUCCUCGUCUGCUAGACCCGAUACUUUUACCGGUAUCGGUAUCUUCCAGUACGAGGGACCCGAGAAGCUGCUAGAGGUCUGGUUUGCCCCAUCCGCCAAUGAAUUGGGCUCGUCUCAACCAACCGGACUAAAGGCAGUGCCGGAGGAGGUCUGGAAGGACAUGCUGGAUCUCGUCAAUUGCCAGGUGCUUUCCAUUGUCUCGUCCGAGGACGUCGAUGCCUACCUUCUGUCAGAGUCUAGCAUGUUCGUCUGGCCUCACAAGCUCAUCCUGAAGACAUGUGGCACCACCACUUUGCUCUCUGGGCUGCCCCGCAUUCUCGAGAUUGCUGCUCUGUUCGCCGGUUUCCCCAAGUCCGCGGCUCCUUCCGGUGGGGUUGGUAUUGCAGCUGCCCCGUACCGUGUGUUCUACAGUCGCAAGAACUUCCUGUUCCCUGACCGCCAGCGUGGCCCCCACCGCAGUUGGCGGGACGAAGUGCGAACUAUGGACAGGCUCUUCUUGAAUGGCAGCGCCUACAUGAUUGGCAAGAUGAACGGCGAGCAUUGGUACCUGUACCUAACCGAACCCAACACCUUGCUCACACCUCCGGCCAGCCCUAAGGGUGAUGAGGAGGUCACGGAGACCAAGUUUCUCCAGAUCCCAGAAGGUGGUUUGCCUCAGGGAGGUGACGCCAAUGAUGAGACGCUUGAGGUGCUGAUGACCGACUUGGACGAAGAGAAUGCGAAGCAGUUCUAUCUUGAAAAUGCCACCGCUGUCGCUGAGAAGCGCUACCGCAACUUUGACAAGGAUAACAACGACCAUGUCGACGUGUUCAGCAACAACUCAGACAUGGAUCUGGAGGACACAGAUGGAACCCGCAUUUUGCCACCGGAACUGACCACGGAAGGCCACGCCUUGGGAACUGUUGUUUCCGAGUCUUGUGGUCUUUCGGAUGUUUAUUCUAAAGAGAAGUUCCCCGAGUCGCGCAUUGAUGCCUACCUGUUUACUCCCUGCGGCUUCUCUGCUAACGGCGUCAUCCCGACUCCGGACCCGAAGGCCAAUACCCACUACUUCACGGUGCAUGUGACGCCCGAGCCCCACUGCUCCUAUGCGUCCUUCGAGACCAAUGUUCCACAUUCGCAGAACGGCCAGACCACUGCAGGUAUUGUGAAGCAGGUGGUGAAUAUCUUCAAGCCGGGUCGCUUCACUGUGACUCUGUUUGAAAACAAGCCCAGUGAUACUGAGCUGAGCGGCAUCGGCGAGGCCAAGUACAUCGAACGACAGGCGGCCCGUCGGAAGUCUCAGAUGGAGCACAUCGAAGGAUAUCGUCGUGUGGAUCGCAUCGUUCACGAUUUGGAUGGUUAUGAUCUUGUCUUCCGCUACUAUGAGCGGCUUGACUGGAAAGGGGGGGCCCCUCGGCUCGGAGAAGAGCGCAUCUAG